AUGAAUGUACUUCGGCAGGCUCGAUUGAAAGACAAAAACGACUUACGAGUGUCACCUACACAUCAGUCGGGUGAGCCAAGACAGUUGGGCCGUAGCAUUAGCCUUGCCACCCCUGCCUCGGCCAAAGUCGAAACAGUUGCUACUUCACGAAAGAACCGCGUAUCAUCCGGCGGAACAUCCAAGGAAGUUGAUCCCAAAAAACCAACAAAAGCCGUCUUGCAGCGCGACAAAGGUCCGUUGGAGCCGCACGACGAGGUUUUCUCAUCCAACCCGCAGGAUGUACCUCGAUUUGAGGAACUCUUGCUUAGAGCUGGAGAGGAAUUCCCAAUGCUACAGUCACUGUUGGAUGGACCAACAGAAGAAGAGGCUGCCAAGGCUUUGCAUCGAUAUCGUGAGCUUUGUCAUUCACUUGAUGCGGCUCACCGGUCAUUGGACAAUUAUCGAGCAGACGCGGGGCUCUUAGAUAGUUUGAAGAUCGAGGUUCACACGUUGAAAAGUACACUGCGAGCUAGUCGGACCGAGGUGGAGAGCCUGAGGACGGAGGUUAACAGCAAGCACCAACAGAUGUUGAAAGCUCAAGACAUGCUGGGCGAGCAAGUUGUAAUCCACGAACAAGAAAAGCGCUAUCUCGAGGCCCGAAUACACGAUGGUUCACAGCAACAGGAUAAAGAGAACAAGUCAACCAAGGCAUCUUCCGAAGGACAAUUAGGUGCGGCUCGUCAAGAGGAGGAGCAAAAGCGGUAUGAGCAAAAGAUUAGCACUCUUAAAGACCAGAUGAGCGAAGAACACUGGAAGUGGGACGCGCACUUGCGAGAAGUGAAAGACACCUACGAAACUCGCAUAAAAGAUCUAGAGGUUAGCUUUGCCGAGCGGAUGAAGAACGAAUACGAGCAACAUUGCGAACAAACGCGGCAAGAGAUGGGGAAACAUCAAGUGACAGUGAAUGAGUAUCAGUCAAAUGUCGCUCGAUUGAAGCUCAAUGCGGAACAAGAAGGACGGCUGUUGCACGAAGAUUUACAAACUCAGCGAGAGAAACUUCGAGAAGAACAAAAGCGACAUGAGAAGAACCUCAAACGACAGGAAGCCGGACUGACCAAGAAGCACACGCAAGAGAUCUUGCAGCUUCAGACCACCCUGGUGGAGCAGAGACAAGAACUUUCUCAUCUCAGACAUGUCAAGGCCAACGCUGACGAAGAAAGACUGCGCAUGCGCGAUGAAGUACGGGCGAAAACCACUCAGUUCAGCGAGGAACGACAACGACUUCGAGAAUUGCUCAAGAAACAAAACGCUGAGCUGGUAGAGAAACAUGCCCUCGAGAUUGUGCAGCUUCGUCUAGCAAACGAGGAGUUAAAGCAGGCAUUCAUCGACAAGGCCUACCCACAGCGCACGAAAGCUCGAAGUGUUAAGGUGAUGCGAUACCGUGACAUCUCUACUCAAUUCUUUUCAGUAAAUGGGACGUGCGCCGUGAAGUGGAAUGGCCAUUCUCCAACGACCAACUGUUACGCAUCCACAAAGUCAAUACAAGGGUGUUAA